AUGCCCGAAUCAUGCAUUGCUCUGUUGCUAGCUCACAACACUCAGGUCUUGAUGCACAAGCAUGAAAAUUUUGCUGCAGCUGUGGAAGAGGUUAAAGCAAUGGGAUUUGAUAUGAAGAAAUCAACUUGUGUGAUGGCACUAAAAGCAUUGUGUGGGGAGAGCAGUAAGUUCAUAUGGAAUCGAAGUUGCGAAAUUUACAAGCGGAGUUGGGGUUGGUCUGAUGAUGAUGUGAUCUCUGCUUUCAGGAAGAUUCCAGGGUGCAUGAUUCUGUCUGAGAAGAAAAUAAUGCAGGUAAUGGAUUUUUUAGUGAACAAGAUGGGAUGGCCUUCAAGAGUGAUUGCCACAUAUCCUGUGAUUUUGUGUUUCAGUUUGGAGAAGAGAAUUAUUCCAAGGUGUUCAGUUGUUAAAGUUUUGCUGUUGAAGGGGUUGAUAGAUGAAAACUUCAGUUUUUCCUCUGUGCUGUUGCCUACAGAGCAGCACUUCUUGGAGAGGUUUGUGACCAGAUAUAUCAACCAAUUACCUAUGUUGUCGGAUGUGUAUCAUGGAAAAUUGGAUGUCAAGGAUGUGUGA